AUGACUACUGGCCGCCUUGUACGACUCAAGCCUGGUUGUUCCGACGGCGAUCCCUUGCACGUCCCAGCCUCAGGCACCCACACCAAAAUUGAUCCCCCUACCCUAUACCUUGAGAAGAUUGCUCAGUUAUGGAUGGAGCAGCGCGGAAGCGCCCAGCCAAGGGUGAAGUACAUUCUUGAGGCUCUUCCCUCAGGCUACACCAUGUGGCAGAGGCCACGACCUUCAGAUCCCAAAUGCUUCGACAAGUAUCUGUUUGGGCAUCCCAGCCAUAAGAAAUUUGAUUCCCCCAACCGUUUUUAUCCGCACUUCGAAUAUCUCAUGCACAAUGACGGCAACAGCAUAGGGUGUCCCUGUACUGUCUGUCGCGGCCCUCCCCGCGCUAUGUCCAAUAGCUCCCGCCCCAGAAGUUCUGCUUCAAGCCGCUCGUCCAAUGUUUCAGCUUCUGCAUCUUUUUCGAGCCGACCCAACAGCGCCCACCGCGUCCAGCCAACUCCAGCCCCGGCCCCACCCCUCGUGAUUAUCUCACAACCUACAGCUCAAGGAAGGCCCAAAAAGCUAGGCCCUGGCCUCGAUAUGACCAGAACAGAUCAAGAUGGUACACCCGACGUCUAUCGAAACCUAGUUGAAAAGCUCCGAAGCCACAAAUGCAUUGAUCAGCCCAUCCAAGAGCCCUUGAGCCCUGAUUGGCGAGCGGAACAGGAAAACAUCCCGAAGCUACUGCAGACCCUCAAAUCUCAAGACCAAUGGAUUCCGCGUAACGGAGACAUCAUCAUGUUCAUCCGUCAUCUAGCUGAUGGAGUCACUGUUGUUAGGCAUGGCGUUACGAACGAAUUGUGUCUGUAUGAUGAGGAGAUGAAUGAGUUUCUCGAUGUCCCACGCUGGGAGGCUGGUCUAGUCACAGAGGUGGCCCAAACACCGACCAUCACCGACCUUUUAGAGUCAACCAAAAAUGCUAACGGGUCGUGCUCUGGCAUGAGAGUCGAGCUCAUUCCCAACCCAAACAACCCGGACAAAUCGCUGUCCAAGCGGUACAAGUACAUCUCAUUACGUCAAAGCCGUCCUUUGUUUCUUUGGAAAGAGCUCCUGCAGCACGUAGAUCAAGACCUUUGGCACCCAAGUAUCAAGAAUGCUCUAGCUUUGACCUCAACCCUAUCACUUGUGGGAAAACAUCGCUUUCGAGGAACAUGGCCAGAGGCGACUAUAUACUGCCAUGGCAUCUUUGUCGGCUCAGAGAUGCUGGCUGUCGGUGAUACCGUCCGUCUUCUUCCAACCAAGUCCGGCCAAGCUGUCUGCACCGACAUUAUGAGCAUCAAAUCCAUCCGACUGAAAUGGUCGGGUUUGGACAAGGCCUCGACCAAUGACUACGAUGAAGGACGACCCUUCAACUCGGCGAUCUGGUUGUAUGGUUCCGCCUACACAAGCGAUGCUUCUAGGUCAGACAAGCGAUGGGCGUCUGAUGCUGGUCCUCAGAUCCCUAGAGCAGCCGAAGGAUAUGGGGAUUUCUAUCCUCUUCAUCCGCCAGACAAGGAGCUCGCCAUUCCCUACGCUCGUGUUGCUGGUCGCUUGCACGAGCGUAAUGCCAUGGCACACCUUCUCGGAUACGAGCCUGACGAUGUCACAUCACUCAACCUUGAUCUUGGCCGACAGGCUUUAAUUGACGCGCGCGCAUUUUCUCGAAGAAAUGAUGAACGCAUCGCACAAACUGCCGAUGCCACCUGGUACUGGGGUGAUGAUCGGGCCGAGGCAUUGGGUCUCCGCACUAUCAACGGCUUGGAUGUUUCUAGGUUUAACCAGGAACACGAUGUUAAGGCGCUCCGCAAACAAUAUCGCAUUCUCGAUGCAGCACAUGCGAGCGAGAAUGAGGAUGUGAAGCCCAGUCUGGACAAUGCGUUGGGUGGUCGGUUACAGCGUUUCAUGGCACCUACGUUACCUGUCCGGGCGGCCACGCCAAGAGAGUUUAGUCAAAACAACCAUGACGGCAAGAAACGAGGUCGGGUUAUUGAUUUGGAAGAUGACUCCGAAGACGAGAUCCGGCAGCACACCCAGGUCGUCGACAAUCGGGUUCCUUCAGUCAAAAAGGCAAAAGUAAUGGUUGUUAUUGACUGA